AUGGCUUCUUCGUCUACCAACCCGGCUACUCAAGCCGCCACCGAGCAGCAUGUAUGUCCCCAGUGUAACAAGCACUUCAAGACACGAGCCACCCUCCUCCAACACGAGGGAGAGGCACACAUCGGUACAGUGUGUUUUUGGGUUGGCUGCACCGCAACAACGACUACCGAGGAAGAACUCAACCUGCAUAUACGUGAGCAUAAUCGUGUACAAGCCCUAAACGUCGCAAAUGGCCAUUUAAUCUGCCAUUGGCACGAUUGUAACCAUGAUUUUCCGACUGUGGAGGGUGUCAGACGACACCUUCGUCGUCAUCAGGUGAAGGCCCUGAAGAGUCAAGCAUCUCAGAACAAUGCCUUCUGA